AUGCACUCUUUUGCUCCUUUUACCUUGAUUGCCCUCGCCAGCCUCGGCGAAGCUCGCCAUGGACGCUUCAUUCUUCCUCGUCAGAAUGGCCAGGCUUGCUGCCCGUGCCCUGCGAAUGGCCAAGCUGGUCUUCAAACCGUGACUGUGACGGAGUAUGCUCAGCCUGCUACUAUUACUGUCACCCAUACCACUACCCCUGUCUCUACCAUCACGUAUAUUCCUCCUACUCAGGAAACCAUCACCAGCAAAAUCUUUGUCGACCCUGUUCCUCUGAGCGAAGCACCCGCCAAGAUUACAAGAACUCGCCACUCAACCAUCACCGUUACCCGAGAGGUUGGGGCCUCCGCUCAGCCAAUUGAGGGCCACGAGAUGUCCUCCUCGCUCACCACCAUCUCGUACAUCCCACCACCUGCCGUGUCCUCCAGCAAGGCGCCUAUCAAGGCUUGCCCUGCCCCCGUCCGCCCAUCUCGCGCUACAACAAGCUCCCAAGUUGUUUCCGAGACCAGCGCCCAGCUCGCAGCGCAAACCUCCUCCCCAUCCGCCAGCAGCAGCAGCGUCAUCAAGCCCAGCACUGUUACUUACACCCCUCCCGCUGAGACUCCGGACGUCCUCCCUCACUCUCCCCCCCGCGGCUCUUACACCAGCAUCAACUGGUAA